AUGAAUAUAAAUGUAGAUGGUUUAGAAGUGUUAUUUCCUUACAAAUCUAUAUAUCCUGAACAAAUAUUAUAUAUGCAAGAAUUUAAGAAAGCCAUAGAUAAUAGAGGUCAUGGAUUAAUAGAAAUGCCAUCAGGAACUGGUAAAACAAGUACAAUUUUAUCAUUAUCAGUAGCAUAUAUGAAUAAAUAUCCAAGUUCAAUUGAUAAAAUAAUAUAUUGUACAAGAACAAUUCCUGAAAUGCAUAAAACAGCAGAAGAAUUAAGAAAACUUUUAGGAUUAUAUAAAACUAAAAAGAAUUUCGAAAUUCCAAUAACAGCUGUUACAAUGGCUUCAAGAAAAUUUAUGUGUACUAAUGAGAAAGUUAUUGCAUUAAAAGAAGGAUCACUUAUUGAUGGUGCUUGUAAUAAAUUAACAGCAUCAUUUGUUAGGGCUAAAAGAAAAAUAGAAAAUAAUCAAGAUCCAAAUUCAUUUUGUGAAUAUUAUGAAAAUUAUAUUGAAAAAGGUGACAAAAUUAAAUUAAAUUAUGGUGUAUAUACAUUAGAUGAUUCUAAAGGUUUAGGAUUAGAACAAAAAAUUUGUCCUUAUUUUUAUAUAAGAACUGCUAUUAAUAGAGCACAUAUUGUUAUUUUCUCUUACCAUUAUAUGCUUGAUCCUAAAAUUGCUGAAAUUGUAUCAAAAGGUUUUUCACCUAAGUCUAUUGUAAUAUUUGAUGAAGCACAUAAUAUUGAUAAUGUAUGUAUAGAAAGUAUGAGUGUAUCUUUAACCAAUAAACUACUUGACAAAGCAACUAAGAACUUAAAUUUUCUUGAAAAUCAUGUUAGAAGUUUGAGAAAAAAUAACGAUGUUAAAUUACAAAAUGAAUAUGAAAAAUUAGUACAAGGUUUAAAGUUAGAAGCAGAAAAAAGAAAAGAAGAGAAAUUUUGGGCUAAUCCUGUACUUCCAUCAGAAAUAUUAGAUGAAGUUGUACCAGGUAGUAUUAGGAAAGCUGAACAUUUUGUCGUUUUUAUGAAAAGAGUUUGUGAAUUUGUAAAACAUAUGGCAAAAUGUAGACAAAUUUUCAAAGAAAGUCCAGCAAUUUUUUUAAGAGAUAUUGGAAAUACAAUGAAUAUUGAAAGAAAACCACUGAGAUUUGCUGCUGAAAGAAUGCAAGAAUUAAUGAGAACUUUAGAAUUAGCUGAUAUUUCUGAUUUUGGACCUUUGAUAAAAUUAUGUAAUUUUUCAACUCUCGUCAGUACAUACACAAGAGGAUUUUCAUUGAUUGUUGAACCUUUAGAUGAAAGAGGAUGGGCUAUUCAGAAUGCUGUUUUGAAUAAUCCUAAUGCAUCAAAUAAAUAUUUUGACACUGUAGUUCAUUUGUCCUGUCUAGAUGCAUCAAUAGCUAUUAGACCUGUAUUGGAACGUUUUCAAACUGUUUUAAUUACAUCUGGUACUUUGUCUCCUAUGGAAAUGUUCCCAAAAGUUCUUGACUUUGAACCUGUAGUUAUGGCAUCAUUAACAAUGACAAUGUCUAGACCUUGUAUUCUUCCAAUGAUUAUUAGUAGAGGAAAUGAUCAAAUAGAAAUUUCUUCUAGAUUUGAAAAUCGUGAAGAACCUUCAGUUGUUAGAAAUUAUGGAAACUUAAUUCUUGAUCUCGCACAAAUGGUUCCAGAUGGUAUGGUUGUAUUUUUUACCAGUUAUGGAUAUAUGGAAAAUGUCGUUUCAUUAUGGUAUGAUCAACGUAUUAUUGAUGAAUUAGUUAAAUAUAAACUGUUGUUUAUUGAAACACAAGAUCCUCUUGAAACUGCCGCAGCACAUCGUCAUUAUCAACAUGCUUGUGAUCGUGGACGUGGUGCUGUAUUCUUUUGUGUUGCAAGAGGUAAAGUUUCAGAAGGAAUAGAUUUUAUGGAUCAUUAUGGAAGAGCUGUUGUAAUGCUUGGAAUUCCAUAUGUAAAUACAGAAAGUCGUGUUCUUCGUGCAAGAUUAGAAUUUUUAAGAGAUCAAUACAAUGUUCGAGAGAAUGAUUUUCUUACUUUUGAUGCUUUAAGACAUGCCGCACAAUGUGCAGGUCGUGUAUUAAGAGGUAAAAGUGAUUAUGGAAUUAUGAUUUUUGCUGAUAAGAGAUAUGUACGUAAUGAUAAGAGAAAAAAACUUCCUAAAUGGAUUCAAGAAUGUUUGUCUGAUGCUCAAGUUAAUUUGACAAUUGAUGAGGCAUGUGCUCAUGCUAGAGCUUGGCUUCCAUUAAUGGGACAACCUUUUAGUAUUAAAGGUUCAGCCGGUAUUAGUCUACUUACCCAAGAACUUUUGGAAUCAGAUCCAAAUAUUCUGGAGAAAUUUCAAAGUGUUGUUACAGAAUAUGAUUAG